AUGGGCUCUGAAGUACCAGGUCCUUUCCCAGUGGCAAACGCUACAGCAUCGUAUUGGCGGAGCGAGCCUCAUACCUUGGAUGAGCAUCGAAGCACUCCAGAACUGCCUGAUAGGUCCGACAUUGUCGUUAUUGGUGCCGGCUUUACCGGAGCAACGGCAGCGUAUUACCUACUCGAGGACAACGGCAAUCCCCGCCCCAGCGUCACUCUGCUGGAAGCAAGAGAAGCAUGUUCGGGGGCCACUGGUAGGAAUGGCGGGCAUCUGCGACCGGAUAUAUUUCUACAGGUUCUAGAUCAUAUCCAGCUUUAUGGCACCGAUGUCGCGAAUGAGGUUGCUCAGUUUGAAGUCGCCAAUGCUAAGGCGAUAAAGGAUCUUAUACACCAGGAGCAUAUCGAAUGCGAGUUGCGCGAGUGCACAACCGCUGACGUCUUUCUUGACGACCAAGUGGCCGAUCGGCUGAAGCAACAAUAUGAUGAGCUGCUGGCUGUUUGUCCGACCAUGAAAGAUGUCACCUAUCACGGUUUGGCCGAGGCAAAUGAGUUGACGUCUGUCAAAGGUGCAAAAGCUGCCUUCACGUUCUCUGGCGCAACUGUCUGGCCGUACAAACUUGUGCUGGGUCUUCUCGAAAAGGCUUUACGAAAUGGUCUGAAUUUGCAAACCCGUACACCCGUUGUGAAUGUAUCAGAAACAGCUGAUCACGAUGGAUAUUGGAGUGUCUCAACACCACGUGGCAACAUUAAAGCGAGACAGGUUGUUUUUGCCACCAACGCCUACACCGGCGGCAUCUUACCUCAAUACAGCGACAGCAUCAUACCCGUCCGCGGUCUGAUGGGUAGAAUAGUACCGGCACAAGGAGCGAGUUCCAUUAAGCCGCUGCUGCACUCCUCUGCUACGAGGUACUCAGGGUACGGAUACGAUUAUCAUGGCGUUCAGCCCGACGGAAGUCUGAUUGUCGGCGGAGCAUUUGUUCCCUAUUCCAACCACCCCUUACGAUAUAAUACUGCGGAUGAUUCGACUCUGUACGAGGGUAGCGAGGAGCUUUUCGACGGAUGGCUGCAGAGAAGCUUCGACGGUUGGGAAACCACUGCAACCAGAGUGGAAGAGACCUGGACAGGUGUUAUGGGGUAUACCUCAGACCAACUCCCACAUAUCGGCAAAGUCCCGGGAAAGACCGGGCAGUUUGUCUGUGCUGGGUUCAAUGGCCACGGGAUGCCAAAUGUGUUCCUUUGUGCUAAAAGUAUCGUGCAGAUGGUACAAACGGGGUGUUCGUUUUCUGAAACAGGAGUGCCGACUUGUUACGAAACGAGCUUUACGAGGUUGCAGAAGAAGCGGCAACAGUAA